CGCGAUCUCAUGGUCCGGUCUUGGUCCAUGCUUAGUCCUCAUGGCAGCAACCCUGGCACUGCUCAUCAUCCAAGCGCAGGGCAUCACCAGGCACUACGAUUUCAAUGUGCAGAUGGCGAACAUGACGAGGCUGUGCCGCACGAAGAGCAUCGCGACGGUGAACGGGCAGUUCCCGGGACCGGAGAUCAUCGCGAACGAAGGCGACAGUGUCCACGUCCGCGUCACCAACAACAUCGCCCACAACAUGACAAUUCACUGGCACGGGAUCCGGCAGCUGCGGUCGGGCUGGGCGGAUGGGCCGGCGUACAUAACGCAGUGCCCAAUCCAGACAGGCCAGACGUACGUGUACAAGUUCACUAUCACCGGGCAGCGCGGCACGCUGUGGUGGCACGCGCAUAUCUCGUGGAUCCGCUCCACCGUCUACGGCGCCAUCGUCAUCCUCCCCAAGCUCGGCGUCCCCUACCCGUUCCCGGCACCUCACAAGGAGGUCCCAAUCAUCUUCGGCGAGUGGUGGGCGGCGGACACGGAUGACGUGAUUAACCAGGCGCUCAAGGUGGGCGGAGCCCCAAACAUCUCCGACGCAUAUACCAUUAACGGCCUUCCUGGACCGCUCUACAACUGCUCUGCCAAAGACACGUUCAAGCUGACGGUGAUGCCCGGGAAGACGUACCUGCUGCGCCUCGUCAACGCAGCGCUCAACGCCGAGCUCUUCUUCUCGGUCGCCAACCACACCCUCACCGUCGUCGAGGUCGACGCCGUCUACGUCAAGCCGUUCACCGUCGAGACGCUGGUCAUCUCCCCGGGUCAAACCGCCAACGUCCUCCUCGCCGCCAAACCGGUCGACCCCAGCGCUAUCUUCUACAUGUCCGCCACGCCCUACUCCGUCGUUCGACCCCCCGCAUACUUCGACAACACCACCGUGAGCGGCAUCCUCGAGUACCAAAACCCUGGCUCGCCGCCUUCUGCAUCAACCUUCCACAAGGACUUGCCGCUCUUCAAGCCGACCCUGCCGCUCUUCAACGACACAGACUUCGUCACCAGCUUCACGACCAGGCUCCACAGCCUCGCCACGCUGCAGUACCCGGCAGACGUGCCGCGGUCCGUGGACAGGCGGUUCUUCUUCACCAUCGGUCUGGGCACGCUCCCGUGCCCCAAGAAGACAACAUGCCAGGGGCUCCAUGGCGCCAAGUACGCAGCCGCCGUGAACAACGUCUCCCUCGUGCUCCCUUCCAAGGCGCUCCUGUCGUCGCACUACACCGGCAAGUCGAGAGGCGUCUACGAGUCAGACUUCCCGGCCAUCCCGGUCUCGCCGUUCAACUACACAGGAACGCCGCCGAACAACACCAACUUAGCCACGGGGACUAGGCUCCUCGUGCUGCCGUACAACACCUCGGUGGAGCUGGUGAUGCAGGACACGAGCGUAAUUGGGAUCGAGAGCCACCCCAUGCACCUUCAUGGCUACAACUUCUUUGUGGUCGGGCAAGGGUUCGGCAACUAUAACCCGACUAACGACCCAACCAAGUUCAACCUCGUCGACCCCGUCAAGCGGAACACCGUCAGCGUGCCAGCCGGCGGUUGGGCGGCCAUUCGCUUCCUUGCUGAUAACCCAGGUGUAUGGUUCAUGCAUUGUCAUUUCGAGGUGCAUUCGACGUGGGGGCUGAGAAUGGCAUGGCUGGUGCUGGACGGGAGCAAGCCAAACGAGAAGCUGCUCCCACCGCCCUCUGAUAUGCCCAACUGCUAGAUGGAUAUAAUUACUCCCUUUGUUUAUACUUACUUUGCGUUACAGGUAUAGUCAAAGUUGAACUUAUUAAG